CGCCCCGUCGCGCCUCUUCCCCAAUCCCCCCCUCCCCUUCUCCUCUCUGUCGCCCUGUGUCACCAGACACCUCUCUCCGCCCACGCCUCCCUCCUGCCCUCCCUCCACGCCUCUGCUCCAUCGCAGCCCCCAGCCCCUCCCCUGCUGGCUCGCCCGCUACAUCCGGCUCCUUCCACUUGGUCGCCCCAUCUCUGCCUGCAGUCGUGUCUUCCUCGUCACAAGCCACUGGGAAGCGCCAGGCGCCUCCCUUCUUCCGGUCUUCAUCGUCACUGGACGGUGAGACGGUGAUCGACCUCUCGGAGGAUCUGCCCCACGAGCCGACUCCAAAGCGUCGGUCCCCCUCGGCGAGCGCCUCCUCUCCCCAGGCACCUCCGACGCCACCUUCACAGCAGCGCCAGCCGCGGCACUCCGGCCGAUCGCGCCAACCCCCGGCAUCGCCCCCGCCGAAGCCCUCCCGAGCCCAGACCCCCUUUUCGACCCCGCCCCCGCCCCCGCCGUCCACGACCCCCGGCCCCGCCUCGUCCUCCCACCGGCCGAUGUCAGCCGCCUCCCAGUCCAAUCAACAUGGCCGGCCGGCCUCUCGCCUAGCGGUGGAUCCCCAAUUCGCCCCGAACUCCACCGCCACGCACUAUGAACGCCUGGGGCUGUCACCCGAUGCCACGGCCAAGGAAAUUCGCCAAUCCUUCCGAAAGAAGGCCCUCCUUCUCCACCCAGACAAGAAUACCGCGGAGGAUGGCCCAGAGGCGGCGCGUCGCUUCCAGAUGCUUGUACAUUCGUAUAACACCCUUUCCGACGAAACCCUCCGGCUCAAGUACGACAAUGAGCUGGAGCGCCGGAGGCGUAUCUCAGCUCGCAAGCGCCAAUCGGCCGCCUCCAAGGCAUCGGCCGCGCGGUCAGCCGCCGCUGCCGCCCCUCGGCCAUCAUCCAGCCACCCUCAGGCAGCCCCCCCCAGCACUGCCUCCAGCACUGCCUCCCAUCAGACCCCCUCCACCACUGGCGCGGGCACCGGGCGCCCCGGCUCGGCAUCCUUCCCGUGGACACAUUCGGAGGCCCCCCAGCCGCACACCCAUUCGACGCACCACUCCUUCUCGUCCGCCAACGGCCACACCACUUUUACCACAUCCACCCGCACAACCACCUCCGGUGGAGGAGGGACCUGGUCUGCCUCGACAACCACCUCCACUUCCACCCCCGGCGUCGGGCCAGCCGGGACAGCACCCGUCCACCAGCAGCAAACCUUCUUCAGGACUGGCAGCGGCUCGUCAUACACGUAUGCUUACCAUCCGCCGCCCGGCAGUGGCUCCGCCCCAUCCCCGCCUCCGGCCCCGGCCCCGGCCCCGGCCCCGGCCCCAGCCCCGGCUGCGCACUACCCCGGCGCCAGCCCUCCAGGAGCGGAUCCGGCGGCGGCGGCCUCUUUCGGCCACUCGAUGUUCAAUUACCCAUAUGUCUUCAACCCGGCGGAUGUGCAACACGCACAGCAGGAGAUGGCUUCGCUUCACAUGCAUCAACAUGCUGCCCACAUAUCCCAAACUACGGCACAUGUGUUCAAUCACUUUUUCAAUGACUUCACGCACAUCUUCAAUGACCUGGCCGGCUUCACGGGACAGCCAACCGCCUCUCCUCUCCAGGGGGCCUUCAGCCAGGUGUUCAUGAACCUCUACCCGGGCAUCGAUGUGCCGAACUCCGUGCUUUCGAUCGUCCAACACCAAUACGCCGCGAACCAGGUCCGGGCUCCGGCCCCGCCCCCGGCCCCGGCCCCCGCCCCCGCCGCGACAACACACUACACGCCAUACUACAGCACUCUGGGCCAGCCUUCCCCGGCCCAGGCUCAGUCCUUCCCCUCGACGCGGCCGCCCCCGCAGCCGCAGCCGCAGCCACAGUCGCAGCCGCAGCCGCACUUGUACUCGCACUCGCAGCCGGCUCGGCCACCGCCCGUGCAUACCCCCUACUUUCUGGACAUCCAGAACCAGUCGGGUCCCGCACCGGCUCCUGGCCGUGUGUACAGUCAUCACACAUCCUAGAUCUCUGUGUCAUACCAUGCCGCCUGGGGGGGGGCGGGGGAGAUGUGCCUCCUCCGCCCGGUUGUUGUCCGUGUUGGAAGGCACGACCGCAGCCAGGAGGGGGAGGGCAUGUGCCCAGGUGUGCAUGCGCGCGCAGCAUGCCCUAUGCGCCAGAUGCGCCUUCCCGCGAGGCAAUAUCACUCUGUCCUUGUUUUCAUCCACCUAUAUUCCUUGC